AUGUGUAAAUUCAAAAGGACGUUAUUGCCUUUGGCGUUAUUGUCUUGUUUUAAAUUUGUUUACUUACAACCAAGUACUGCUGAACGCGAUACUUUGACGGAACAUCCUGGCGGGACUGUUAUAAAUGAUAAAAUAGUUUUUAGUAAAUCUCAAAGUCCUUAUUGGUUAAGAAAUGACCUCAUAGUUGAAUUUGGCGCCGAAUUAGUAAUUGAACCUGGUGUGACUGUAAAAAUUGAACCACAAGUUGGAAUAACAGUUCGGGGAAUUUUGACAGCAGAGGUGAGUAGAGAUUCCAUAAACAUCAAUAAAUUAGUACCAUGGUGA